AUUAUUUAAUUAAAUUUCCUCCUUAUAAAAUCUCCAUAAUCAACAAAGCAACACACACACCAUCUCAACUUGCAAUUACAAUCAAGCAUGCCUUCUUUCACUCAAGCACUUCUCUUCCUAGCCGUGCUUGCGGCCGUGGUCGCGCCAUCACGUGCGAUCACAUGCAGCGACGUGAUGAAGGACUUGAGGCCGUGCAUCAACUACCUCAAGAGCGGGAGCGGGACGCCGCCCUCCCCCUGCUGCACCGGCGCCUCCAGCCUGGCUUCAGCCGCCACGACCACGGCCGACAAGCAAACCGCCUGCAACUGCAUCAAGAAUGCUGCUAAGAGCAUCACUAUCAAGCCGGAGCUCGCCAAGGCUCUUCCCGGAAACUGUGGGAUCUCGAUGCCCUUUCAAAUCUCUCCUAAUGUUGAUUGCUCUAAGAUAAGUUAAGAUGGAUGGAAGGAAAUUAAUGGGUGUGAUGAUGCAUGGAUUUAUGAUGAUGUAAGUGUAUGAGGAAUAAGAUGUAACUUUUCUCUUAUUGUACUCUUCUUGUAUGCUCUUUCUGAGUAUGCAUGCACAUGUAUUUCUAUAUAUGUUCGUGAGGUUUUUCUUUAAUCUUGGACUAAUAAUAUUUAUAUAUAUGUGCAACAGAAGUUAUAUUCAUGGACGUGAUAUGAUUAUAUGUAUAGGGAUUAUAGAUA